GAUCGCUCGUGCCGGUGAGGUGGUUUACCGCCCUCGUGGGAGCCUGAGGCUCGAGAGUAGCCCCCUCCCCUUCCUGGGCUUCCCCCUUGCCACUUCCCGGUCGGCUCCGGGGCUCGAGCAGCAAUGGCCGGCUGCAUCCCUGAGGAGAAAACUUACCGGCGCUUCCUGGAGCUAUUCCUGGGCGAGUUUCGCGGACCCUGCGGUGGUGGCGAGCCGGAGCCUGAACCCGAACCCGAACCCGAGUCAGAACCCGAGCCCGAACUGCUAGCGGCUGAGGCAGCUGAUGCUUCGGUCGAAGAGCCUGGGGAGGAGGAGGCGGCCAGGGUAGCCGCGACGGAGGAGGAGGAGCAAGAGCAGGACCAAGACCCCGAGCCCGAAGAGGAGGCUGUGGAGGAGGAGGCGGUGGUGGAGGCGGAGGCGGAGGCGGAGGCGGAGGUGGCGGCGGCGGCGGGCGAGGAGGACGAGGCUGAGGCAGCCCCGGGGCAGUCGGCCGUGCCACCGCCACCGCCGCAGCCCCAGCUGCCGCCGCUGCCCCCGCUCCCACGGCCGCUGUCCGAGCGCAUUACCCGCGAGGAGGUGGAGGGCGAGAGCCUGGACCUGUGCCUGCAGCAGCUCUACAAAUAUAAUUGCCCUUCCUUUUUGGCUGCUGCUUUAGCCAGAGCCACAUCAGAUGAAGUCCUUCAGAGUGAUCUUUCUGCGCAUUACAUCCCAAAGGAAACAGAUAGCACAGAAGGGACUGUGGAGAUUGAGACAGUGAAAUUGGCCCGUUCUGUCUUCAGCAAGCUACACGAGAUUUGCUGCAGCUGGGUGAAAGACUUCCCUCUCCGCAGGAGACCCCAGCUUUAUUAUGAGACAUCAAUCCAUGCGAUCAAAAACAUGCGCAGGAAAAUGGAGGACAAACACGUCUGCAUUCCUGACUUUAAUAUGCUCUUCAACCUAGAGGACCAGGAAGAACAAGCUUACUUUGCAGUGUUUGAUGGCCACGGAGGAGUGGAUGCUGCCAUUUAUGCUUCCAUCCACCUGCAUGUUAACUUGGUACGCCAGGAGAUGUUCCCCCAUGAUCCUGCUGAGGCCUUGUGCCGGGCCUUCCGGGUCACUGAUGAGCGGUUUGUGCAGAAAGCAGCCAGGGAGAGCUUAAGAUGUGGGACCACAGGAGUGGUGACUUUUAUCAGAGGCAAUAUGCUACAUGUGGCCUGGGUGGGUGAUUCCCAGGUUAUGCUUGUGAGAAAGGGCCAAGCUGUUGAACUAAUGAAGCCACACAAACCAGACAGAGAGGAUGAAAAGCAGCGAAUUGAGGCCCUUGGAGGUUGUGUAGUCUGGUUUGGUGCCUGGAGAGUGAAUGGAAGUCUGUCAGUCUCCAGAGCUAUUGGAGAUGCUGAACAUAAGCCAUACAUCUGUGGGGAUGCAGAUUCUGCCUCUACGGUGUUGGAUGGAACUGAAGACUACCUCAUUCUGGCCUGCGAUGGCUUCUAUGACACCGUGAACCCUGAUGAGGCAGUGAAAGUUGUAUCUGACCACCUGAAGGAGAAUAAUGGAGACAGCAGCAUGGUUGCCCACAAAUUAGUGGCGUCAGCUCGUGAUGCUGGGUCAAGCGAUAACAUCACUGUUAUUGUGGUAUUCCUGAGGGACAUGAACAAAGCUGUAAACGUUAGUGAGGAAUCAGAUUGGACAGAGAACUCUUUUCAAGGAGGGCAAGAAGAUGGUGGGGAUGAUAAGGAGAAUCAUGGAGAGUGCAAACGGCCUUGGCCUCAGCACCAGUGCUCAGCACCAGCUGAUCUAGGCUAUGAGGGGCGCGUGGAUUCAUUCACUGAUAGAACAAGUCUGAGCCCAGGGUCCCAAAUCAACGUGCUGGAAGCCCCAGGCUACCUAAAUCUCACACAAAUAGAAGCAAGCAAACCUCACAGUGCUCAGUUUUUGCCACCAGUUGAGAUGUUUGGUCCUGGUGCAGUAACGGAGAAAAAAUCGGUUCAAUCAUCAUUGCCUGAACGGAGUGGUGCUGGAGAGUCUCCUUCUUUCUUUAAUGUGGGUUCAACAGGGCAGCAGAUAUACAGACUGGAGAGUCUGUCUCCUGUCUGUUCUAGGUUGGAAAAUGAACAGUUCAAACUCCUGGGAAAGAGAGAUUCUAGAUUAUCUCAUUUACGCUAUCACUACUCAAAGAGGUGGCAUGGAUUCAGGUUUAAUCCAAAGUUUAAUUCAUUCCUCUCUGCUCAAGAGCCUUCCCACAAAGUAGGCACUAGCCUGUCCUCAAUUAUUCGAAGUGGAAGGAGAAAUAGGAUGUUAAGAAGUUCUCUGCCAUGGAGGCAAAAUAGUUGGAAAGGGUACAAUGAAAACAUGUGGAAGUCCAGAAAGAAUAAUGAUAUUUCAUACCCAGAUCUUCCCAGGAGCUGUAAAAUAUAAUACUUCCUCUUUAAAGUAGGCUAGCUAGCUCUCCCCCAAUAAAAACACCACUAUCAGAAUAGAAACAAGGUAGACAUUUCUGAAAUAGGUGUUCAUUGAAACCAUGGAUGGCUGAAUUCUUAAAUGUAAAUAGAUUAUCUAGAAAACUCAAGUGUUUUCAAUUUAAAUAAAAGUAUUGGCAGUUUCA